AUGGCAGAACCAACCAUCCCAGCUGAGGCCAAGGAUGAGGUUGAUCCCUCUACCGAAAACCUCAACGGCUCAGCCCAACCAGAAGUCGCCGUGAAAGAGGUCCCAGCCAAAGACCCAGCGGUUGCCCCCGCAGCUGAGACAGCCCCCAAGCUCGUCUGCCAGAAACACGACAAAAAGAAGAAACGCAAGAAGAGGGCCAAAAAGGCCGAUUCGAGCGACAGCUCCUCGUCCUCCUCAUCUUCCAACUCUGACAGUGACGCAGAUACGGACGAUGCUGACUCGGAGUCUACGAGCGAGUCUAACACGGACAAGCGCAAGCGGCACCGUAUACGAGCAAAGGCACGGACCAAGCGUGUGCUAAAGGAUAAGAAGCGCCGUAAGAGGAGAAAGCAACGGUCGCGUAAGGCUGCAGCCUCGGAUACGGAUUCCUCUUCGGAUUCCUCUUCUGAGUCUGACUCGGACAGUUCGGAGAAGUCGGAUGAUUCGUUGGAUGAAAAGGCUCUCCGCAAACUGGUGACCAGGCUGAAGCUAAAGAAGCGCGCUAAGAAGCUCCGCGAUCAGACCUCCGACGAUCUCACGGCCAGUGAUCCUCUGAGUGAGAAGAGAGAGAAGCGCUCUAAGAAAAAGAAGCCUGCCUCCAAGGUUGCUUUCAAGCGUGUUGAUCAACUAUGGGACACCACCAUCCACAAGUAUAAGCUGACCGAAACGGUGGACGACCCUGAUGCCGACGAAUGGGACCAAUACAUCUUCACCGUACGUCGCAAGUUCAACUGGGAAAAUAAAUACCUGGAAACAGUGGUCGACAUCAAGAGCAAGCACCUCCGCGAUGCCCUGGCCAAAGUCAUGGACGGCGUCAAGGGCGUCAGCUUGGUACAAGAGCCCGCCGUGGUUGACCCCAACAUGCUCUUCCUCUACCUGGAGGAAACACGCCAAUACAUGAAGGACCAGAAGAAACAGUCGCGCAGCGAAAAGAAAAAGAAAGCUCGCAAGGCCGCCGCCCUCAAAGCUGCCCAUCUUAAGGUCCUCAUCAAAUACCUCGACACCGACUAUGCCGAUACCAAGAAAACCCUCUACCCCCUCCUCGAGGCAAACACCAUUACCUUUGAUCUCCUGUGGGCACUCUUCAAGCCAAACACCAUCGCCUACACCCCGACCUACAGUAACCCAGACGAACCACGCGCCUUCAAGAUCGAGUACGCUAUCAAGGAAUCGUCUUUCAUGAAGGGCCAUUGGUACAGCGUCGAAGGCCGCUACCUGGAAUACGACGGCAAAGACUACGGUUUCGGAAGCAUGUCUGCUGAAGUUGACUCGUUCAAGGGCGCUCGCAAGAUCACCAGUCUGGCUUGCUACCCGCUGCAAUACCACCGUGACGCCGAGGCCCUGCGUUCCCGUCUGAUCGAGCGUGGUAAGCGCUUUGUUGCGCUGCGUGGCAUGAACUACCGCUUCCAUAAGGGUAUGGCCUUUUAUAAGAAGAAGCGCUCGUUCGUGAUCAAGGUUAAUAUCAAUGGGCGGGUUAUGAUCGAUCCUGCUAUUCAUCGUCGUAUUAAUCCCAAUUACCCCAUCAGCACGGUUCGUCCCAAGGAUCCGGAUCUAAUAGAUCCGUCUGAGGCUGGGUUCAGUGGUGGGGAAGAUGAUGAUAGUGACGGGUGUUGCUGUGGCGGGUCUGACUCGGACUCCGAGCAUGGCGGUGCAUCUGACACACCCAAGACGGUGUACAAGGUCGUUGAGGAUGAGGAGGGUUGCCCGCGUGUGGUUGAGGUGGAGGUUGAUGAGAGUGGAAAUGAAAUUCAGAGGGAGAAGAUGGAUCGGCUUGAGGGUGAUGCUGCUGAUCCUAAGCCGCGCGAGUUCACUGAGGAAGAGCUGCUUGUUGCUAGCCCGGUUGUUUUGGGCUUUGCGUUUAGCGAGAAGCUCUGGCUUGAGUUUACCAUCUCGGGCAUCAGUGAUAUCGAGUGGGAUAAGGAGGCCUUUGGCUCGCUUGUUCUGCCGACGAACCAGAAGUCUAUUGUGAAGGCUUUGGUCGAGUCGCAUACCUUCCAUGCUGCGGAGAACAUCGACGAUGUUAUCCAGGGUAAGGGCAAGGGUCUGGUUGCUGUGCUGCAUGGUCCCCCGGGAACAGGUAAGACACUUACAGCAGAGGGCAUUGCCGAGUUACUGCGUCGCCCGCUGUACAUGGUCAGUGCCGGUGAGCUGGGCACAGACUCGCGGACUCUGGAGGCUGAGCUGAACAAGAUUCUGGAUAUUGCUCAUUCCUGGGGUGCUGUGCUUCUCCUCGAUGAAGCUGAUGUCUUCCUUGAGAAGCGCACUAUUCAUGAUAUCCACCGCAAUGCUCUCGUUAGCAUCUUCCUCCGUCUGCUAGAGUACUUCCAGGGUAUUCUCUUCCUGACUACCAACCGAGUUGAAACCUUCGACGAUGCCUUCCAGUCGCGUAUCCAUGUUGCUCUGCGUUAUGGUGAUCUCACUUCCAAGGCGAAGCGUAGCAUCUGGAAGAUGUUCCUGGAGCGUGUGCGUGCCAUCGAGGGUGUGCAUAUUGCAUCAUUUAGCGAGGAGGACUAUGACAUGCUUUCCAGACACACGUUGAAUGGUCGUCAGAUCAAAAACUCGGUCCGCACUGCGCAGGCCCUGGCUGUCAACGAGAGCUCGCCUCUAUCAAUGGAACAUAUCAAGCGUGUGCUAGAGGUGGCCGAGACAUUUGAUCAAGAUUUACGCGGUGGAACAGGAUACCUGGAUGCUAUGCGCAGUUAUACUUGA